AUGAUUGCCUUGUAUAAUAAUGUUCGUAGUUCAACUGAUAGUUCUGAUACAUUAUCAUCAAUGCCAAUGUAUGAAUAUGAUUUAUUUCCUACAAUUCAAUCACUUGAACUUUUAAAACAAAGUCUUGAAUCAUAUUUAAUUGAAUUAAAAUAUAGUUAUCAAAAUAAUUUUAAAUUAUUAAAGGAUGAUGAACAACAAAGUAAAUCUGGAAUUGAAAUUGAUGAUGAUAUACGUGAUUCAGCUUUGGUUACAUUUUCUGAAACAUCAUCUUUAAUUGAACCUAUGAAUAUAUCAAAACAAUUAUCAAAUUCUAGUACAAAAUUAAUGAAUAUUCUUGAAGUACGUUCAUCAACAUCAUCCGAUGAUAAAAAACCUAUUGAUUCAUCAUCAUCACCACCAUCAUCAAAUCAUAGUGAUUCAAAAAAAGAUAAUCAAGAUUAUUUAAAUUCUACAUUAACAAAAAUUGAAGAAUUAAAUUUCCAAUUUUCACCAUUAACAAUACAAAAUAUACAAAUUGAUCGUCAAAUAUCUGAUGAAGGCUAUCGUUCAGUUCGAAAUGAACAACAAGAACAAAUAACAGAAACAACAACUUCUAAUCAUAAUUUACCAGCAUUAACUAGAUCACAAAGUUAUGAUUCUACAGAAAAAGUUGAUCAAUGGUUAUCAACUACAUCACCAUUAGCUUCAUCGGUACCUAUGUCAAUAAGUUAUAAUACUAAUUUUCAACCAACUGAUAUUGAUGAUGAAGAAUAA